AUGAAGUACCCCCUGGUUUCUGACAAUGCCCAGUCACACCCAAAGAUGACCAAAUCAGAGGAGGUAAAGCUGAAAAAUCACUUUAGGAACACUCUGAACAAUUGGGAGAAAGUGGUGGCUCAAUACGAAGAUACAAAUCAUAGGAAGAAUGGAGAAAAAAACCCAUCACUGCCUAUUUAUGAAUCAGUAGACCUCAAUGAGUUAGCUCUAGAUCCUCAAGAAACACAGGUUGCUGGCAGGGAUAUCCAGGUCCCUAAAAUAAGACCAUUGCCAGCUAUUGAGACCAUUGGCUGUCCACCACCAAAACCUCCAAGGCCUCCAGUCAAGAGUCUCCUGGCCCUUCAGAACAUGGUUCCCUUAGCUGCUACAACACAAAGUGUAG